AUGGCGUUCAACAUAUCCGAAGCAGCACCAGAUUGGUUAAACAAAGGAGACAAUGCAUGGCAGAUGAUAUCAGCAACCUUAGUUGGAAUACAAAGUGUACCAGGCUUAGUAAUCCUCUACGGGAGCAUCGUCAAGAAAAAAUGGGCAGUAAAUUCGGCUUUCAUGGCUCUUUACGCCUUCGCUGCCGUACUAAUCUGUUGGGUUUCUUGGGCAUAUAAAAUGUCUUUUGGAGAAAAACUUCUUCCUUUCUGGGGUAAACCUGGUUUUUCAUUAGGCCAUGAUUAUCUUUUGGCCCAAGCGGAAUUACCUGAAUCAACUCAGUUUGAUAGCGCUGGUGGAGUUGCAACCGCUAUGGCUCAGCCUUUCUACCCAAUGGCAUCUCUUGUUUAUUUUCAGUUCGUUUUCGCGGCAAUAACUUUGAUUUUACUUGCUGGAUCAUUGUUGGGCAGAAUGAACUUCAAAGCAUGGGUGGUUUUUGUUCCUCUUUGGUUAACUUUUUCUUACACCAUUGGUGCUUUUAGUAUGUGGGGUGGAGGGUUCUUGUUUCACUGGGGUGUUAUGGAUUAUGCUGGUGGCUAUGUCAUUCAUCUCUCCUCUGGUAUUGCAGGCCUCACUGCUGCUUACUGGGUUGGACCGCGGACACAGUCUGACAGAGAGAGCUUUACACCAAACAAUAUUUUGUUGACAUUAAUGGGUGCAGGACUAUUGUGGAUGGGCUGGUCUGGUUUUAAUGGUGGUGCACCAUACGCUGUUAAUUUAGUGGCAUCCAUGGCAGUAUUGAACACCCAUAUUUGUGCUGCAACAAGUCUCGUCGUGUGGACAUGUAUGGAUGUCAUAUACUUCAAUAAACCUUCUGUAACUGGAGCUAUUCAAGGAAUGAUCACAGGACUUGUUUGUAUAACUCCUGGUGCAGGUCUUGUUCAGGGAUGGGCAGCUCUUAUAAUGGGAAUUUUAUCUGGUUCUAUUCCAUGGUUCACGAUGAUGAUCCUCCAUAAAAGAUCUAAACUACUUCAAAAUGUUGAUGACACGCUAGGUAUGUUUCAUACGCAUGCAAUCGCGGGCUUUCUCGGAGGUAUCUGUACGGGCAUCUUUGCGGAACCGAAACUCUCCAGACUUUUUUUGCCUGUACCAGGCUCAAGAGGUUUAACUUAUGGUGGACCUGGAGGAAUGCAACUAGUCAAACAACUUGUUGCUGGUGCUUUCAUCAUUGUUUUGAAUGUUAUUGUCACUUCCAUCAUAUGCUUAGCAAUAAGGGUUGUUAUUCCACUUCGAAUGUCCGAAGAACAACUGUUGGUCGGAGAUGAUGCAGUACAUGGUGAAGAAGCAUAUGCCUUAUGGGGUGACGGUAAGAAAUUUGAUGAUUUGGCAUCAAAUAAAUACGGUGAAGAGAGUAUCUAA